AUUUAGUGAUCAUAAUUUGUUUUUUCUGUUUUGUGGAAGACAGACAACCGUCAAGACGACAACAACGACAAUAAAAACAAUAAAAUCACAACACCUUGAAGAUUAAUUUUAAAAAAUCAUUCUUCUAAGUACAUUAAAACAAAAGGUAUAAGUAAGUGUAUCAGUCUACUCAAGACAACAAGAACCACAACGACAAUGGGAGUUAAUCUGUCAUUAUCGGAAAAAUUAUGGACAAAUGUAUUUGUAAUAUUGAAUUGUCUAUUUGCGGUCUUUGGUUUCAUACUAUUCGUUAUUGGAAUAAAAGCACAGACAACUUUGGUGAAAUACAACACAAUAAUUAAAGCUGCAACACCGGCAAUAUUUCCGACAGUUAUCUUCUGUGGAAUCUUCAGUAUCAUAGUUGCUUGUAUUGGUUUCAUUGGUCUGUGGAAAAGGAGACCAAUUAUAUUCAUUCUGCAUGCUGUCGGUUUAGGCAUUGCUACGGUUACCCAAUUGGCUAUAGCAACAGCAUCCUCCGUAGUUCACGAUAAAUUUGGUAGUGUUGCAAGUGAAGCUUUACGUGCUGCAGUACGUUAUUAUUACUACAGACCUGAAUAUCAAACAGAAUUUGAUAAAAUUCAGUCGAAUUUAAAAUGUUGUGGAGCUAUGUCAUUCUAUGAUUAUAAACGUAUUGGUGCUAAUGUACCAUUCUCGUGUCGUAUUGGUGAUCUGGUCUACGCUGAGGGUUGUGCUCGUGUCUUAACGCAAUCAAUUCAACACUACAUCAUUGUGAUCAUUGGUCUAUGCUUCAUUUUCGCCAUCAUUGAAAGUUUCUUCUUAAUUCUAUCAAUUUUAUUGUUGAGAAAAUCUGGAUUAAAGGAUGAAUUGGUGUAAACAAAAUAACUAUUUUACUCACACAUAUUUGGUCUUUAUUCUGAUUGGUAUUGUCGUCAUUAUUUGAUUUGAUUGGAAAUUCGUUUUAAAACAUUCGUGAAUUUUUCGUCUCUAUGUUUGUUUAACUGUUUGUGUUCUCGUUUUGCGCGUAUAUUUUAAUUUAACACGUAAAUAAAUAAAAAAUAAUGAAGACAAGAUGAUAAUAUACCCGGAGAGAAAAACGAGAAAUACUAAAAAUUGAACAUAUAUACACAUAUAUAUAUAUUCAGUAAUAUAUCUGUAUACUACUCAUUAUUAGAAUGCGGGAAGUAAACUGCAGUCAGUCAGUCAGUCAACCGAUUAAUUAAUUAAUUGUUCGUAUCCACUAACAACGUUAUAAUGAUACGUGUAACAUUUCAAAAUUUACAAAAAAAAAUAUUACUUAAUUAUAAUAGUUUAUUUAUUUAUUUAAUUAAUUUAAUUUAUUGUGAUUAUAAUCGUCAUUAAAACAAAGUAUACAUUUUAAUUGGCUUGACUUUUGCGCAUACUACUCAAAUGAUUUAUGUGACUAGUAGUAUUGACUUUGAGUUGACAAACUUUAUCUCUAUUCUAAUGAAAGAUUUCAUUUAAAGAUGUCAAUUUUAUGUCAUCAAUAUGAUAUGACUUAGGAUAAUCAAAUUGGAGUUCAUUAAUGAUACACUGGCAAUAUCUUAUAAACACACACACACACAAAAUUACACACGCCCACACACAUAUUGACAAUAUUCCAUCUCAUAUCCUGACUUUAAUGUUCUCUAUUUUACCACGAAAGUGGAGUACACUUGUAACACUUAUAUUAUAUAAUAGCAGUCAUACCCACAUACAUGCAUACAUACAAUAACAUUACAGACAUUUACAGAUUGACUGACAUUGAUAGACAGACAGACAGGCAACAGAUAGAUAGACAGACAGACAGAAUUACCGACAGACAGAAAGUAUAAACAAACUAAUUUAUGAACUGAGAACUCAUUUUAAACAAAAAAUUAACUUUCAUAUUACACAAUUCAUACAUUUCAAUUUCGCUUCAUAUGAGGGAUCACAUACACGAAUGAAUUUGAAUAAAAAUUAUGCUAUUUU